CGUACCGCCAGAAACCUGAUGUCUGCAGUCAACCGCCAAUUGAGCAAGUCCCGCAAGAUCGUCCAAGACGGUGUUUUCCAAGCUGAACUCAUCGAAUUCUUCACUCGUGAGCUCUCAGAGGAAGGUUUCUCUGGCUGUGAAGUCCGUGUUACUCACGCUCGCACUGAGAUCAUCAUCCGUGCUACUCACACUCAAGAAGUUCUCGGUGAAAAGGGUCGUAGAAUCCGUGAAUUAACCGCUCUCGUUCAAAAGAGAUUCAAGUUCCCAGAGAACUCACUCGAAUUGUACGCUGAGAAAGUACAAAACAGAGGAUUAUCAGCCGUCGCUCAAUGUGAAUCUUUGAGAUACAAGCUCCUUGGUGGUUUGGCCGUCCGUCGUGCUUGUUACGGUGUCGUCAGAUUCAUCAUGGAAUCAGGUGCAAAGGGUUGUGAAGUUGUCGUCUCAGGUAAAUUGAGAGCAGCUAGAGCUAAGGCUAUGAAAUUCACUGACGGUUUCAUGAUCCACUCCGGUCAACCAGUUAGAGACUUCGUUGACUUUGCUGUUAGACACGUUCUCCUUAAGCAAGGUGUUCUCGGUUUGAAGGUCAAGAUUAUGAGACCACACGACCCAGAAGGAAGAGCUGGUUUCCCUAAGCCACUCCCAGACUCAGUCGUCAUUGUUGAACCAAAGGAAGAGCAACCAAUCCAAGUUGUCUCUGAGAACAAGGCUAAGCCAAACGUUGAAGCUGCUCCAGCUCAACAACAGCAAGCUUAAACUGAGUUCUAAACCUUGUAUUUCAUUUACAUAUGCUUUUUAAAAAAUUUUCUCCCUUUGAUGUUAACAACCAUGACGGCAUUUGUUAACUUUCCG